GACAUCGGGCCGGCGGCGGCGGUGGCGGCUGGGAUACUGGGAGGGCUUAGGGGGCUGCCGGCCUGACUGCGGAGAGCUGCUGUCAUGGCGGCCGCUCUGUGGGGCGUCUUUGCCGUCCUGUUCCUGCUGCUAUCAGGGGAUGCCCAGAGCUCGGAGGUGCCCGGGGCUGCUGCUGAGGGAUCGGGAGGAAGUGGGGUCGGCGUGGGAGAUCGCUUCAAGAUUGAGGGGCGUGCAGUUGUUCCAGGGGUGAAGCCCCAGGACUGGAUCUCGGCGGCCCGAGUCCUCGUAGACGGAGAAGAGCACGUCGGCUUCCUUAAGUGA